CAUACCCGCCAUUUCGCCAACACUUAAGGUGGCUCUCGUUUCAGCUUCAAAGGGAGAGCAAAACCGGAAAUGACUUUCCGUCCGGUGCGUCUCCCGGGAUCUCUUUCCGGUUAGGCUUCGGGUGUCCGCAUGAGAGUUGGAUAAUUCUUGGAACUAGGGCUGAGAGGUGGAAGGCAGUCGCCCUUGGUUCGGGACGUGUCUGGGCUGCGAGACCGAAAUGUCGGACACGUGGAGCUCUAUCCAGGCCCACAAAAAGCAGCUGGAUUCUCUGCGGGAGAGGCUGCAGCGGAGGCGGAAGCAGGACUCGGGGCACUUGGAUCUUCGGAAUCCAGAGGCAGCACUGUCUCCAACCUUCCGUAGUGACAGCCCAGUGCCUACUGCACCCACUUCUGGUGGCCCUAAGCCCAGCACGGCUUCAGCAGUUCCUGAACUAGCUACAGACCCUGAAUUAGAGAAGAAGUUGCUACACCACCUCUCUGAUCUGGCGCUAACUUUGCCCACUGAUGCUGUGUCCAUCCGUCUUGCCAUCUCCACGCCAGAUGCCCCUGCCACUCAAGAUGGGGUGGAAAGCCUCCUACAGAAGUUUGCAGCUCAGGAGUUGAUUGAAGUAAAGCGAGGUCUCCUACAAGAUGAUGCACAUCCCACUCUUGUGACCUACGCUGAUCAUUCCAAGCUGUCUGCCAUGAUGGGGGCUGUGGCAGAAAAAAAGGGCUCUGGGGAGGUAGCGGGGACUAUCACAGGGCAGAAGCGGCGUGCAGAACAGGACUCGACCACAGUAGCUGCCUUUGCUAGCUCUUUGGCCUCUGGUUUGGCCUCUUCAGCAUCAGAAGUAGCCAAGGAGCCAACCAAGAAGUCAAGGAAACAUGCUGCCUCAGAUGUUGAUCUGGAGAUAGAGAGCCUUCUUAACCAACAAUCUACUAAGGAACAACAGAGCAAGAAGGUUAGUCAGGAGAUCCUAGAGCUACUGAAUACUACAACAGCCAAGGAACAAUCCAUAGUUGAAAAGUUUCGCUCACGAGGUCGGGCUCAAGUGCAAGAGUUCUGUGACUAUGGAACCAAGGAGGAGUGCAUGAAAGCCAGUGAUGCUGACCGGCCCUGUCGCAAGCUGCACUUCAGACGGAUCAUCAAUAAACACACUGAUGAGUCAUUAGGUGACUGCUCUUUCCUUAACACAUGUUUCCACAUGGAUACCUGCAAAUAUGUUCACUAUGAAAUUGAUGCUUGCAUGGAUUCUGAAGCUCCUGGAAGCAAAGACCAUACACCAAGCCAGGAGCUUGCCCUUACACAGAGCGUUGGAGGUGACUCCAAUGCAGAUCGACUCUUCCCACCUCAGUGGAUCUGUUGUGAUAUCCGCUACCUGGACGUCAGUAUCUUGGGCAAGUUUGCAGUUGUGAUGGCUGACCCACCCUGGGAUAUUCACAUGGAGCUGCCCUAUGGGACCCUGACAGAUGAUGAGAUGCGCAGGCUCAACAUACCAGUACUGCAGGAUGAUGGCUUUCUCUUCCUCUGGGUCACAGGCAGGGCCAUGGAGUUGGGCAGAGAAUGUCUGAACCUCUGGGGUUACGAACGGGUAGAUGAAAUUAUCUGGGUGAAGACAAAUCAACUGCAACGCAUCAUUCGGACAGGCCGCACAGGUCAUUGGUUGAACCAUGGGAAGGAACACUGCUUGGUUGGUGUCAAAGGAAAUCCCCAAGGCUUCAACCAGGGUCUGGAUUGUGAUGUGAUCGUAGCUGAGGUUCGUUCCACUAGUCAUAAACCGGAUGAAAUCUAUGGCAUGAUUGAAAGACUGUCCCCUGGCACUCGCAAGAUUGAGUUAUUUGGACGACCACACAAUGUGCAACCGAACUGGAUCACCCUUGGAAACCAACUGGAUGGGAUCCACCUACUAGACCCAGAUGUGGUUGCCCGGUUCAAGCAAAGGUAUCCAGAUGGUAUCAUCUCUAAACCUAAGAAUCUAUAGAAGUACUUCUAAACCUAAGCAUCCGUAGCCAUGGCUCUGCAGGCUGCACCUGAAGAGUAAUAUUUGUACAAUAGUUAUUUUCCUUAUUUAAAUAAAACUUUGUAUUGUAGUUGGGA